AUGGUUGAAAUCGACAUCCAAGCGUUACUCGGCACUGAGAAGGGUGCGCGCCAUGGUGUCCAGACCGCGCAGCUCAAGGCCCAUCCCUCUUCGCAAACAGACGAAGGUCUCGUACAUGGCGUCGAGACCGUUGCGAAUGACAGGAUCUUCGUCGAACGCGGGGGGAAAGGUGUUGUCCUGUAG